AUGAGGACGCCCGCGUCAGUGACGACAGCUGCCUCCCUUCUGAAUCCAAGUAUAUAUAGCCGCGAUUCUUCUCGGCGACCACCCCGCACCAUGACGGUCGUCACACCGCUGCAAGUCUUCCAGUGCAUCUGCGCGCGACCACACCGCGAUGGCGUCAGCCGCACCGCCCUCUCUUGUGUUCACGCGCAGCAGCGAUGCUACGCCACCACCACUGCCACCGACAGCGACAGUGCCGGCCCGUCUGCCACAACCGCAGAGGAGUUUGAGAAGGUAUUUUUCGACUACCCAGUGGCAGAGCGGCUCGCCGCGCUCACCGUGGCCAGGCAUGAGGUCGGUCAUUGCACUGAGUCGACAGCGGGGACUGGGACGGCAGCCAUGUGUACGUCGUGUCCGUACAUGCCCAUGAAGAAUUUUGUGAAGAAGAUGUCGCCCCUCACCCGCGACGACAUGUUUCGGCGACGUCUGGAUGCACUGGAGUGGAUCACGGAGUCCAAACUGCUACAACUCGUGAACGAGGGCGGCGAGACGAUCCGGCUGGAGUCGCUGCGCGCGUACCCAACUGCUGCGGGGCCCGUCAGCCAGAGCGAAGCUGCUCACCCCGCACUUUACAACGGCCUUGUGCACGUCCGCACGACCGUCCCUGCGGCAUGGCUGCUCCAGGCAGGAGGGGGCGCGGACAGCGUGUCAGAGACGAAGAGGCCGUGCUGGCAGCUGACCCACUCGACACCUUCAGGCUGUGGCGUGGCCGGCGCUGCUUCAGCGGUGACCGAGCCGCCCUUUACGCCGGACGAGUCCGACGACGGAAGGGACGCCGCCGCUGCGCUCAGCAUCGCGGAACGAGAGUCGAUCAUCAGGGAAGCUCUCCUGCGGGCCCUUCGAAAUUGGGACGCCGUCAUGCAGCAGCGCCGCGAACGCGCUGCUUCGGCGACCUCUGACCCCGCCCCCAACCUGCCUCGAUACACCCAUCUCACCACCGUGUACAACGCGAUCCUCCGCGAAGCCGCUGUUACGACGAGCGCGAGUGGCGAGGACACAGAGGUGGAGGUGGCGCCAAAUCUCCUGACCCCGACUGCAAGGUACAUCCUGAAGCGGCUCCGGAUGAGCACUCUUGAGUCCAUCGUGGACAACAUCGGGGUCGUUGUCACUGUUGGUAACACGACGAGCGCGAGUGCGCAGGCACCGAACGGGUACCCGGCCAUUUCAUCGAGGCCGAUAUGGGUGGUGCGGGGAACGGCCCACAACCCAGUCACGUUCGUCGCACUGCGCCACGCAACAGACGCGUCACCGCCACGCUUUCGCUACGUGCAGCCGCGCAUGACAGUCGCCACACGCGCGAACAACUACGGCGGCUGGGGGUCGGAAAGCGUGGUGCCGACCAAGGCGGACGUGUACGAGAUCCUCAAGUAUGUCCCCGUGAACUGGGGCUCCAUCGGUAAUCUCCACCUCCCGCCCGAGGUGAAGAGGAGGCACAUACGCACGUCGUCGAUGUUGGUGUGGUUCCGCCGGCAGCCGUUCUACUUUGAAGUGCGGGACAUGAACGGAACGGUGGAGAUGCGGCGCAGCAUCGUCCUCCACCCCGAGGUGCACGGGAUGACGAGGGAAGAGGCGUGGGAGGUGCUGGAGCUGCAGAUGGCGACCGGGGAGGCGAACAGUCUCGUGCCGCUCGGCGUCGACGGCGCCCCUUUGCGGCCGACGGAGAGAGCCUUCGACCGCAGCGUCACAAAGUUCGUGUACCGGGUGUGUCCGACGUACUUUGCCCCGCUCUCGCUCAUUAUGCAGCGCUAUGUGAAGAAGAACUUGACGGAGCCGAUGCUCAUGACCUUUGUGCGGCGCUUCCCGCAGGACUUCGAGGUGUUCACGUCACGCUACAGUGACAUACCGCUGGUCCGGCGUCGCGCCGGUGCCGACAGCGCGCGCUGGAUUAGCGACUUUGUGGCGGACCUGGAGAGAUACCCGGAGGACGUCCGCGCCGUCCUGAUCCUCUGCAACUCCAUAUGCGCCGCGUGGGAUCGACCAGAGUACGUCUACGUGCGGCUCUCACCGACGGAGCAGGAGAUCGUGGGUGGGUAUGCCGGGAUGCAGGUGAUCCUGAGUCGCCACCCGGCUGUCUUUCGUGUGGGUCGGCACUUUGUGUGCCGCGCCGACCCGUCGAAUCCGCUGGCACAGCGAGAGGCAGAGCCGGCCGUCGAUGACGUGACAACUAUUGCCCCCCUUCAUGAGGAGAACCCGUACCACAGCCCGAAGGAACUGGCGCUGGUCUUCCACUAUGUCAUGCCCGAGGAUGAGGCGUGCACGGCCGCGUACCUUGUGGACUACUCGAGCCCGGCAAUGCGAGCCGUCCUACCACCGCGCCUGGUGACGAUUGUCCAGCUGUUCCCAAAGAUGUUUGCGUGCACAGAGACGUCGCCGGGGGUGUACUCGAUUCGCAAGGUGAAGCAACCAGUUCGCAGGGCGGCUCACGGCGGCGACGCUCCCGCACUUCAAGGCAGCGACAGCAGCGCGGAAAAGGACGCGAUUCAGAUGCUGGAGGACGAGCUUGCCAACGAGGACCACAUGACGCGCGAGGAGGCUGUGCAGGCGGUGCGCAUGCUCAUCCCCGAGUCAGGGGUCGAGGCGCCGCAGCUGCUGCUGUGGGCGUCCAUGAGCGUGCAGCGGGCGGCGAACGAAUACUUUGGCGGUCUCUUGCGGCUUGUUGAGGCGCAUCCGGGGCAGUUCCGCGUUGUCACGAACGAGCACACCAAGAAGGUUUACAAAAAAUGA